CAUCAGGGUCAUUACUGGGACAUUGUCGGGCUGAGUGGGUCUCAGCUACAAGCAGUACACAAGCGGGCAGUAUGGACUUCCAAGCACUCCCCAGGAUCCGGGAUGAAGAACGAGAGAGCAGCCUGGGAUUCGUUCAUGGAGUCUCAGGGCCAGUUGUCGUGGCAUCCAACAUGUCGGGCGCGGCGAUGUAUGAGCUGGUACGUGUCGGUCACGAGGAGCUGGUGGGGGAGAUUAUCCGUCUGGACGGAGAACUGGCCACCAUUCAGGUCUACGAGGAAACCUCUGGAGUGUCCGUGGGAGACCCGGUACUGAGGACUGGGAAACCCCUGUCCGUGGAGCUCGGCCCGGGCAUUAUGGGGGCCAUCUUCGACGGCAUCCAGAGGCCCCUGAGCGACAUCGGCUUGGCAACCGGUAGCAUCUACAUCCCUCGGGGCAUCAACGUCAGCGCCCUGGGCACCAAGCGGCUCUGGGAGUUCACCCCCACCCACGGGCUCCGGGUGGGCAGCCACAUGACGGGGGGAGAUGUGUUCGGCUGCGUGGCUGAGAACUCCCUGAUCCAGCACCGCAUCCUGGUGCCCCCCCAAGCCCGUGGCACCGUCUGCUUCAUCGCCCCCCCUGGAAACUACUGCAUCAAGGACGUGGUGCUGGAGCUGGAGCUGGAGGGGGUGAGGGAGCAGCUGAGUAUGUUUCACCUGUGGCCCGUGCGCCAGGUCCGGCCCAGCGCAGAGAAACUGCCCAGCGUCCGCCCGCUGCUCACCGGCCAACGGGUCCUCGACGCACUCUUCCCCUGUGUGCUGGGCGGCACCACCGCCAUCCCCGGUGCGUUUGGCUGCGGCAAGACGGUCAUCGCCCAGUCCCUGUCCAAGUUCUCCAACAGCGAUGUCAUCGUUUACGUGGGCUGCGGCGAGCGCGGCAACGAGAUGGCGGAAGUGCUACGGGACUUCCCCGAGCUGACGCUGGAGGUGGAUGGGAAGAUGGAGACCAUUAUGAAGAGGACCACACUCAUCGCCAACACCUCCAACAUGCCGGUGGCUGCGCGUGAGGCUUCCAUUUACACUGGUAUAACGAUCUCGGAGUAUUUCCGUGACAUGGGCUACAACGUCAGCAUGAUGGCGGACUCCACCUCCCGCUGGGCUGAAGCCCUCCGAGAAAUCUCUGGCCGCCUCGCGGAGAUGCCCGCGGACAGCGGGUACCCGGCCUAUCUCGGCGCCAGGCUGGCCUCAUUCUACGAGCGGGCGGGACGGGUGAGGUGCCUGGGGAGUCCAGAGAGAGAGGGGAGUGUCAGCAUUGUCGGAGCGGUCUCGCCCCCCGGAGGGGAUUUCUCUGAUCCGGUCACCGCUGCGACUCUCGGCAUCGUUCAGGUGUUCUGGGGACUGGACAAGAAGCUGGCCCAGCGCAAACACUUCCCCUCAGUCAACUGGCUGGUGAGCUACAGCAAGUACGCACGCCUGCUCGACGAUUACUACGACAUGCACUUCCCCGAGUUUGUCGCGCUCCGCACCCGCACCAAGGAGAUCCUGCAGGAGGAGGAGGACCUGGCCGAGAUCGUGCAGCUGGUGGGCAAGGCAUCGCUGGCCGAGCUGGACAAGAUCACGCUGGAAGUGGCCAAACUGCUGAAGGACGACUUCCUGCAGCAGAACGGACACGCCCCCUACGACAGGUACUGCCCCUUCUACAAGACGGUGGGGAUCCUGCAGAACAUCAUCGCCUUCUACGACUUGGCGCGACACUCGGUGGAGACCACGGCUCACUCUGAUAACCGCCUCACCUGGGCCAUUAUCCGAGACAACCUGGGCGACGUCCUAUACAAGCUGAGCGCCAUGAAGUUCAAGGACCCCAUCAAAGACGGGGAGGCGAAGAUUAAGGCAGACUACGCGCUGCUGCUGGAAGAAAUGCAAACCGCGUUCCAUAACUUGGAGGACUGAAGGUGCGCGCUCUAUAGGCGCUUCUCCAAGCUCUCCGUGAAAAAUAAAACCAAUAUUUCAACACCGA